GUACCCUAUAAGCACUGCCUUCACGUCUCUCUGCCGUUCUAAUGGGGCCCCCUUAGGGGCCCCCACGGACGGAGGUCAACACGGGGGCCCCCCUCUACCUGGGGGCCCCUCUAUACAUUCAUCUGCAGCAAAAGAAUCUGUCUCUUUGCUUAGAGACACAAACAAAGAAUGUGUUGUCUUUGAUACUUCUCUUUCUUCUCUAGGCCUUACAGCCAAUACAUGGGUAUGGGUAGCUCCCAGGGGGGCCCCCAAGGGGGCCCCCACAGGGGCCUCUCAGGGGGGGCCCCAGGGGGGCCCCCGACGUCUCCUGAGGCUUCUAUCGAUUCCUUCUGAACCCGAUAAAGACAUGGGGGGCCCCCCCUGCCGCUGCUGGCUUGCAGCGCUAGCGGUACCCAAAGAGGAGUUAAGGGGGCCCUCAGCCUCACGCCUUCUGUCUCCUCUCUCCUCUAAUACUGUCUCUAAAGGGGGCCCCCAGGGGCCCCCAGCCAGCCCUUUAGAACAAACUGUCAGGGGCCCCCAAGGGGAAGACACCUCAAAGAAACCCCCUGAGGGGCCCCCUGGGGGGCCCCAUGACAGUGCACCUGGGGGCCCCCCGGAGGGCCCCCCUGAAGGGCCCCCUGGGGGCCCCUUUGACAGUUCACCUGGGGGGUGCCUUGGGGGUACCCAGGAGGGCCCCUCUAAGGUCCCCUCCAACGGGCCCUCUGAGGGCCCCUCUGAGGGCCCCUCUGAGGGGCCCUCUGAGGGGCCCCCUGAGGGGCCCCCUGAGGGGCCCCCUGAGGGUGGUUGGUGGUUGGAGAGUGUGUUUUUGUCAGCAGGGGUUUUGCAGAGUUUGGGUUUGGGGGUUUGCGGCGGCGAAGUCGAUAUUUGGGAGGCCUCAGAUAUAAUGAAGGGUUCUGGGGGUUUUUCUUCUUCGUCUCCUUUUCGCGGAUUGCCCUUAGCAGGGCGUUGCGAGUUACAGCAGCUGUCUCCUCCGUAUGUAGACCCUUGGGGGCCCCUAGGGGCCUCAAGUAGGGGCCCCCAGGGGCCCCCAACUUCCUUAGGCUGCGGAGACGCAGCAGACAUUGAAGAGCUUCUCUCUGAUUACUUCUCUGUCCCUCGUCUCCUUUCUGUAGGAGACAUCAUAGGGGUUUUAAAGGGCCCCUAUCGAUAUGGGGCCCCCUUCUGCUCUUGCUGCUGCAGUGCGACCCCCAGCAGCAGCAGCAGCAGCAGCAGCAGCAGCAGCAGCAGCAGCAGCACAGCCACCACACCUAAAGGGGCCUUAAGGAGACAAUCUUCAGGCUGUCCCUGCUGCUUGUCUCUCUACGAAAUAGAGCAUGCGGUAAAUUUUGGGGAUGGGGCCCCCCGCUGCAGUAAUCUCUCAUCUCGUUUGCUGCUAAAGGAGCAGCGUAAUCCUUCUUGGGGGCCCCUCUUCCUCGAGGGGCCCCCGGGUACCCUUGGGCCCCUUGCCCCUAAGGGGGCCCCCAAAGGGGCCCCUUGUGAGUCAGAGGAGGAGACCUGGAGGCCCUGCGAAGCGUCAGAGGGGCCCCCAGGGUCUCCCAUCUCCUCUGAGAAUCUGCUGCAGCAGGAGACACAGGGGGCCCCCAAACAAAGGUCCCUAGAAAGAUCUUUUUGCUGUAGAUCAGGGGGGCCCCCCCUAUGCCACUGGAUACCAGCAGAUGCAGCCUUAGGCUGCGGAGCUGCAGAGACACCCCACGAUGUCGCCCUUAUAUUCAGAGUCGCCGCCUUAGAAGCAAUCAAACACCAAAAAGACGGGGGCCCCCAAGGGGCCCCCAAAGGGGCCCCCCAAGAGGCCUCCAAAGGAGCCCUCGAAGGGGCCCUUAAAGGGGGCCCCCAGGGGGGCCCCCAAGGGGACACUGAAGGGGCCCCCAAGGGGGCCCCCCAAGGAGGCUCUCAAGGGGGCCCUCAAGGGGGGCCCCAAGGAGGCCUUCAGGGGGGCCUCAAUGGGGGGCCCCCCAUGGGGGCCCCCAUGAAGCCGCAGUGCGCGGUGGUUAUGAGGGGAGCGACAGAUUUGCUGCUGCAGGAGACACCGACUAGAGGGGCCCCUCCUCCUUACUUACUUUGGCAUCUGCUGCGGAGGGCCCCGCUGCCUCUGCUUCCUUCAUUGAGGGGCCCCUAUAAGAGGCUCCUGGAAUAUGUCUCCUCGCGACUGUCUCCUGCUGCAGCAGGAGACAGAGGCAGCGUGCUUCUCUGUGGAGACCGCGGCUGUGGGGCCCUCUUUCUAUUGCGUCGCAUUUGUGCUGUUCUGGGCCUCAACUUCGUCUCCAUUGACUGCUACGCGCUGUCUCCUGCUGCAGCAGAAGCAGCAGCAGCAAAAGGUAUUGUGCAUGCAGACGGAUCCUCUGCUCCCGGAGGCAACAGUGCUUUUUCUGCUGCAUUGGUUGAGGGGGCCCACAAGGGGGCCCCCUGCAUCAUUGCGCUGCAGCACCUCAGUGCCCUUAUGGGGGCCCCAGGGGCCCCCGCUUCUCGCCUAGAGAGAAUUGAGGGAUGGGGCCUGGGGGCCCCCAACGCCUUAGAGGGGGGCCCCCUGGGGGCCCCCCUUUCUUUAAGGGGGGCCCCCCUAGGGACCCCUGUGGUGGUGGUUGGUGUAUUAGAUAAAGAAGGAGAGGCGCUGGGGCGUGAAGUUGAAAAUUUAUUUGAAGUGACUGUGAAGGUCCCCAGGCCUGAUGAAGAGACAAGAGAAAUGGUCUUUCAUCGUUUAAAUGCAGCUUCAAAGGCCUUUUCGUUUUCAGACAAAGAGACAGAGACAAAGGCAGCCAGCGAAUUUGCGGGGCUGACCAGUGGUCUGGCGCUUGGAGAGGUGCAGCGGAUGUUCGGGUGUCUCCUCGAAGCAGCAGCAGCAACAGCAGCAGAAGCAGCAGCAGAAGCAGCAGAAGGAAGAGAGAACAAACGCAAGGGGCCCUCCGCAGGAGCUAGUGAAGAGGAGACAGACAAGAGACUGCUGGUGCUGAGCCAGCUGCUGAACCUCUCGCCUAAAGCGAUGCGGCAACUGACGAAGCCCUUCAUAGCGGAGGGGGGGGCCCCUGCAUCGAACAUAUUGCCGGUGAGUUGGGAGGAGGUCGGGGGUAUGGAGGCGGCGAAGGAAGAAAUACAUCAGAUGAUUUCUCUGCCUUUGAAACACCCCCAGCUAUUCAAUGGUGAGCAAGUAAUAGCUAGCUAG